CUACAGGCACGGCAAAGUAUGAACGAGGAGACCCUGGAAGACAACUGACUUGAUUCCUAAAAUUUCAAAGAGAUGAAAAUGGAAACACUCUAAACUAACCAGUUUUCACAAAGACAGUAUCCUCGUCAGAUCCGUCCUUUCUGUAAUAUCUGGGCCCCAUUUAAUCCCCCAUUCCCGACUCUAACGGUGCUUUCCUUUCCUUGUCAUCCCCCAAUCUUUCCACACAUUAUUAUUAAACCCCCCAGCCACACCACCUAGUAUAAAACAUAGUUAUUGCAAAGGAGAUAAAGUUUCAAACUUUGUUGUGUCUAUUCAUUACAACUGCUUCAUGAAGACAAGAUCGCCUUACCCUGAAUGCAUGACCGAGCUCUAAUUGGAGUAAAUGAUCAAGAAUUAUGGAUAUCCGGGAAGAGAGUUCAAGAUUCGAGUCCUUACCCAGCAUGACACUGAGGAAUUUGUCAUCUUCCUCCUCAGCAUUCUAUUCUGCAAAUCAGUCACCGUUCUUCUCUCCAAGGUCACCAUCGUGUCAAUCUACACACUACGACAUUCCAUGUGAUGCAGUUUCUUCAGUUCCUGCAACCUGUGCAUCAAGUGACUUACAGAAGAUUGAUCCCAUUUCUUCCUCGACCGGGAUUUCCAAUAAUAAUCUCUCAAUUGGUGUUGAGCAUAAUAAUGAUCCAUAUUCUAGGCACAAAGAAAAAGACAGAAGGAUUGGGAGAAGCCAACCGACCUCUUUCACCCCAACUUCAACUUCAUUCGCCUCUAGCCGACUGAGGAGCUGUGAUGUGUACAUAGGUUUCCAUGGCCGUAAGCCUUUGAUGCUAAGAUUUACAAAUUGGCUCCGUGCUGAACUGGAAGUUCAAGGGCUGAGUUGCUUUGUAGCAGAUAGAGCUCGUUGCCGAAAUUCUCGAAAACAUAAUCUUGUUGAGAGGGCAAUGGAUGCUUGCACAUUUGGAGUUGUAAUCCUGACCAGAAAAUCAUUCAGGAAUCCGUAUACUAUUGAAGAGCUACGCUUCUUUUGUUAUAAAAAGAACUUGGUUCCAGUGUAUUUUGAUUUGGGCCCUGAUGAUUGUCUUGUUAGGGAUAUAAUUGAGAAAAGAGGGGAAAUGUGGGAGUUGCAUGGAGGAGAACUCUGGCUUCUCUAUGGUGGUUUGGAAAAGGAAUGGAAAGAAGCUGUGAAUGCGUUGUCUCGUGUUGAUGAUUGGAAACUUGAGGCUCAUGAUGGCAAGUGGAGGGAUUGCAUACUGAGGGCAGUCACUCUCUUGGCAUUGAGAUUGGGAAGGAGAAGUGUCGUUGACAGACUAAGCAAGUGGAGAGAAAAAGUAGAAAAAGAAGAGUUUCCUUUCCCUCGAAAUGAAAAUUUUGUUGGUAGGAAGAAAGAACUAUCUGAGCUGGAAUUCAUGCUCUUUGGUGAUGUUAGUGGCGAUGCAGAGAAAGAUUACUUUGAGUUCAAGGCCCGACCAAGGCGAAAAAAUUUGACCAUAGGUUGGGGCAGUAAUAGUUCAAUUGACAAAACUAGGAAGGAGCGGCAACCUGAGAGUAGCAAGAGGAAGGGAAAAGAACCAGUUGUCUGGAAGGAGUCUGAAAAAGAUAUAGAGAUGCAAUAUGAAGAAGUUCCUAAUACGCAUCACCAAGCAAGAAAAUCAAAAAAUACUAGGAAGAAUGGGAGGAGAAAGAGGUCAAUGAAAGUUGUGUAUGGCAAGGGAAUUGCCUGUGUGUCUGGGGAAUCCGGAAUUGGAAAGACAGAAUUGCUUCUUGAGUUUGCGUACAGAUUCCAGCAGAGGUACAAGAUGGUUUUAUGGAUCGGAGGACAAAGCAGAUACAUUCGUCAAAACUAUUUGAAUUUAUGGUCAUAUUUAGAAGUUGACAUUGGGGUUGAAAAUGGCUUGGAGAAAAGUAGGAUAAAAAGUUUCGAAGAGCAGGAAGAGGCUGCAAUAGCUAGGGUAAGGAAGGAGCUAAUGCGAAAUAUCCCUUUUCUGGUAGUGAUUGAUAAUUUGGAGAGCGAAAAGGACUGGUGGGAUCACAAACUAGUUAUGGAUGUACUUCCCCGCUUCGGUGGAGAGACCCAUGUUAUUAUAUCCACACGUCUCUCACAUGUGAUGAACCUGGAGCCUUUAAGGCUUUCUUACCUGUCAGGAGUUGAGGCAAUGUCUUUGAUGCAGGGAAGUGUAAAAGAUUAUCCAGUUGAAGAAGUCGAUGCUCUCCGCGUUAUUGAGGACAAACUUGGACGAUUGACUCUAGGUCUCGCGAUUGUUGGAGCUAUUCUGGCUGAACUUCCAAUAAAUCCAAGUAGGCUGUUGGACACAAUCAAUCGAGUGCCUUCAAGGGAAAUAACAUGGACCGGCAGAGAGUGUAGUUCAUUACGACGAAAUAACUUCCUCUUGCAACUCUUUGAGGUUUGUUUCUCAAUAUUUGACCAUGCAGAUGGACAAAGAAGCCUAGCAACCAGAAUGGUUUUUGCCAGUGGUUGGUUUGCACCGUCAGCUAUUCCUGGCUCUCUUUUAUCUGUAGCAGCUCACAAGUUGCCCGAAAAACACCAUCGCACCCGUUUAUGGAAAAAGGUUUUACAUUCUGUAACUUGUGGCUAUACCUCGUCUUAUGGUAGAAAAUCAGAAGCUGAUGCCAUUUCAUUGUUAAUAAGAUUUAAUAUUGGAAGAAGUUGUACAAAGGAAGGUUAUAUUCACUUUAACCAUCUUACCAAGCUUUAUGCUAGAAAGAGAGGAGUCAGUGGAUCUGCACUAGCCAUGGUACAAGCUGUAAUUAGCGGGGGUUCUAUAGUCCAGAAUGCAGAUCACAUAUGGGCGGCCUCUUUCUUACUCCUAGGAUUUGGUACUGAUCCAAUAGUAGUUGAACUUAAGGUGUCAGAAUUAGUGUUGCUUAUUAAAGAAGUGAUUUUACCGCUUGCCAUCAAGACUUUUGUUACAUAUUCACGGUGCAGUGCUGCUCUAGAACUCCUUCGUCUAUGUACAAAUGCGUUAGAAGCAGCAGAACAAGCAUUUGUCAUACCAGUUGAAAAGUGGUUAAAUAAAACCAUAUGUUGGAGACCUAUUCAAACAAAUGCUCAGUUAAAUCCUUAUCUUUGGCAGGAGCUUGCACUUUCAAGAGCUACUGUUUUAGAAAUUAGGGCUAAGCUAAUGCUUAAAGGGCGGCAGUUUGAUAUAGCGGAUGAUCUAAUUAGGAAGGCAAUUUUUGUUAGAACUUCAAUCUGCGGUGAGGAUCACCCAGACACAGUGUCUGCUCGUGAAACACUGAGCAAAGCUACCAGACUCCUGGCUAAUGUUCAAAAUCAUAGUUCAUCAUAGGUUCUAAAAUUUCUUCUAAGCAGAGUUCAGUUAGAUUUAUACGAACACAUGGGAAUAAUAGUGCUAUAACAUUUCAGCAGUUUUUUAUUUAUACUUUCUUUUACUAUAAUGAGAAACCAUAUUUCUACGUUCUAUCUGUUUUGGUUUAAAUCUAUAUCAAUUUCUAGUAUUGCCUGAAAUUCAAUUGUUUCCUUCAUUUUGUUUCAUUUGCAUUGUACUUACAUGACUUUUGUGAUGGUGUUACCUGGAUGUAUUAACGGGAUGCAAGGAGACCAAGUGAAGCGGCCUUCUUAAAACUAAAUUGUUGUCAUGGACUCAUGAUAUACCUAAUAUGCUGUAAACUACUACAUUUCAUUUCAGGAGUUAUAAGUUUGCGUAUAACUCCCCAUUUCUCUUACUGAUUCUGUUGUCUGGAAAUCACAAAUAUCUUUUAUUAUCUGCUGAAAUUAUGGAGGUGCUUACAAGGAUAAUUUUACAGAAGAAUAGAAGAUGCAGCUGUAAUCGCGCUUCUCCAAUAUCUGGUGAAACUAGGUGAAGUAUAUGGUUUGCCUAUUAUUGAUCUUACUCUUUGAUUUUGCAGUCCUUUGGUCACCAUUAUGCAAGACGACUUUGUUUUGUUUUUUGUUUUUUGUUUUUUAUUUUGUGCUGCCAUUAGUAUCUUUUUUGCAAUGGUUGGUGUAAUCAACAUUAUUGAUUUUGGUUUCACAUCCUUUUCUGGUCAAAAUUUUGAACUGCAGUUGUUCUUUAGGAUUUGAAAACGUUGCCAAGGUUCUGAAAUCCAGAAGCAAGUUCCAAUGUUAGCAGGAGCUCAUCUGUAUAUGGAUUGGAAAACACUGUCAAGGUUCUGAAGUCCAGAAGCAAGUUCCAAUGUUAACAGGAGCUCAUCUGUAUGAAGGAUUCUGGAGGAUAGAGUUUCUUCAAGGGCUAGCAUGUGUACACCCAGUUGCAUUAAGGAUUUUGAUAAAUGCUUAUGAUUUUAAUAUUAAGUUACGUGUUUAUUGCUCAAUAUGGAGCAUUAAUUGAGGAGACUUUUUAAGAGGACUGCAGGAGUGUCUUUCUGGGAAAAGAAAUUGUUUGUGGAAUAUGGGGUAGACAAGUUACCUUGUGCUCUGCUGCUCUAUACAGAACUGAGAGUAUAACAAAAACACUUGAUGUAUAGUCGGUCAAGUGAAUGUACCUGUAUUCUAUUAUUUUAUCAGGAAUGGGAUUAGGAUAUUAUGCAUGUCCGGUAUGAAAAGUGUUCUACCUUCACAAUAUGAAGAUAAAAAAAAAAGCCGGGUCGCACGACAGAAGAACACCCAACAUUCCUAUAUCUGAUCUAAAACUUCUACCUCAGGGAUUCAUUCGGAGGAUUUUCUGCACUUUAAACUAAAGAUGGAAAACAAGAAAUCAUUGAGACGUACAUAAGAUUUGGCUCCUGAUGGUUUAUUUGGUCUGGGUUUAGGAAAAAUAUGAGUUCCAAGCAUUUUGUGUAAUGAAGGUUACACUGCAAAUUCUUUCUCCAUGUGUUUUCGAUGAUACAGAAAUGGGAAGAUCAAUUUUGGGGAUAAAGGCAGCCUUGACCAGGAAGAGAACCUGUUUAAUAUGGAGAAAUUGCAGCAAGUGGUAAAUGUUCAAAGUUCACUUUGAUAUGGUGUAUAUUUAGGGCGUGGCCUUAAACUAUAGACUUGUUGUGAUCUAUAUUUUUGGAUCUUAGAAUCUACCUUUUAUUCUUGAAUGGGUUUUCGAGCAACAUUUUGGUCAAUUCUGGUCCUAUCAAUUUAAACUAGAGCUCAACCACACCACACCAAUUUGAGAAUAAAUUCUCCAUCCUUUUCCUUUAUUUUACAGUCCUCAUAAAAAAUAAGAAAUCAUUUAUUUUUUUGAAAUUUACAAAAAUACCCAUGUUUUUGAACUUAUUUUCAAUGAUACGGUAUGAGGUUACAACACUGGUUGAAAGCGGUUGCUUUUGAGGUUGCAAGAAUUGCAAACGAAGUUGCGUACAUGGUUGCACCAUAGUUUUGCAACUUGGGUAUAUUUGGAAAAUGCCCUUUUUUUUCCAAUCUUCCUCCACCUUUGAUCUUAUAUAUCACUUUUUAUACCAUUCUUCACAUACGAACCUUAAGGUCUUAGGAGCGGCGCCUUAGGUACAAGGUAUGAUUAUUAAUCCUUUCUUCGUCUUUACAAGUAGAGUCAUGUAUGUGAACUAACAAUAAAUAUUCCAUAUAAUAUGUGGGAUGGAUGAAACUAAUGUUUAUGAUUUCAGCUUUGUGUUAUUUAAUGGUGAGAAUUUAAUAGUAGCAGCAUACUGCAAGUCUCAGCUGCACUCCAGGUGGGACCUUCAUUUUUGUGCUUGUAAGAAUACAAGUAUAUGAUGCCCAUGAGGAUUUAGAACCAAUCAAGCAUUUAAUAGUAGCUUCUUAGACGUAGUAUCUUUUACCAAAGUGACAAAAUAAUAUAUCUGUCAUGUAAAUUUGUAGAAUUGCAGGGGAUGAAAAAUCUCGGGAUAAUAGAUAGAGCUUUGUUUUCUUAAAUAUGAUUAUUAACUCAUAGGAUGUUUUGACGAACUCAGGUUGAAUCCAACUCUCAGCAUUUACUGUUGUUGCAAGUAAGGAACUCCACAUAUAAGCUUCCAGGACCCGGGUAGUCGCUUACGACAAGGUGAAUCAGGUUAUGACCCAUUCCAGACUUUUUUAUUGCUCUAUUUAGGUUCCAAGUCCUCCAAAAGGUAUGUUCAUCUUUAAAAAUAAAUCUAAUGCUUCAUGCCUGGCAGAUACUGAAGGCUUGAAGCAUAAGCUUACAACCAAGCUAUCUGUUCAUUGUGAUGGUAUUGUUACCGACUGGGAGAUACUUAAAUUCUAGCUAUAUACAUCUGUCUUCGUGCGUUACUGUAUCAGCAUAUGCAAUAGUUUUCAAUGUUUAGGUAGGAGUAUGCCUGGGUGGGUUGUGGAGAGUUGGCUUUAAGACAUCCCAAAGGUAACGGUAGUUUGAGCUACGAAGUAUACUUGCCAACUAGUUGCUCGUGUUACCCUCGUCUGAACUCAUGGAUACCACAAGAUUUAUGGAUCUGUAAUAUGAGGAGUUUCUUGAAAGUGCGAGUCGAUAAAGGUCUGGAAACUGUUGGUUGGACAUAUAGAACAUCCUCCACGAACUGUUGCAAGUUUUAGACCGUUAGAAGUGUUGGGCCGCGCUGGGCCGUGAGGCCCGUGAUCGAGCACGUACAGAUUGUUUGUGUGGACAAAUUUUCUUUUAUCUGGGUUUAGGUCCUUUAGGAUAUCCGGGUUUGCAAAUACAUCUCAACUUUAAAAAUACAUAGAAUUAUAACGCUUAUACUGGAUCUCGACAAACAUGCAGAGAAUCAUAUCAGCUAGACUGGAUCUCAGUUCUAACCAUAUAGGGAAUCAUGACAGUUAUUUCAAAAUUUGAGUAAUUUUAUUUAUUUAAUUAGCAAUGUGUCCCUGACAAAAAAAAUAAUAAAUAAAAAAAAUUAGCAAUGUGUCAUUCAUGCUUUAAAAAUUCUACAUCACCAAAAAUUACAAGUCUUACAUCAUAUUAAUUUUUUCAAUUCGCAAGUUCACAAAAUUUAAGACAAAACAUCAGUUGUAAAUUUUAAUAACAAAUAUUAGUAUAAAAAAACAUCCUAGUUAUGACCCACAUAUAGUUCACACACAAGAUCAAUAACCAAGGACCCAAUGACUACAGUAUAUAUUCACAUUAAUCACUGUUACAUAAUAUGCCUGCCUACCAGCAUUUUCUUAAUUAUCUGAGCGGUAUCCUCCAACAAACACAAAAUAUAUACAGAAGCAACCAUAUAGCAAACUUCUCAAGGAAACAUCAUGAACACAACACAGACACCGUUAAGUAUCACUUGCCUCGCUUCUGAGCUGCUAUUGAUCCUAACAUCAUCAAAGGAUGUAAAGAGGAAAAAAAACGAAAAAUUGGUCCCUAAAAGUAUCUGUGACUAUCCAUUUGCUUCCUUGUGUGUCGUCUUUUCUUUUCCUGUUUUCUCGAAUAUAAAUGCACAGCGCCUGGGAAGACACUUGCAAUAGACAAGGAAAAGUAUUUAUAAACAAAAUUACCUAACUACAGAAUAAAGCUGCAAGCACUAAAGUGUACAGAAGACUGCUAGAGAAACAGAACUAAACCCCAAUCUUCCAAUAUCUUCAAUUCUAGUACCUCCACUUUUAAUGAUUAAUAUCCAAUCUGGUAAGCCCAAUUAAGCUAUGCAUCAGUGGUGGCAUCGAAAAUCAUUUCCUGCAUUAGAAGCAAGCAGGAGCUGAUAUUGGUAAUUGGUAUCAUUCUGACUAGCGAUAAUAUCAGGUCAACAAGCAUGUUCUAGUUAUUUAUAAUAGAAAUGUAAACCUGAUCACACACGGGGCAUGUGUCACUUCUUUCCAACCAUUCAAGAAUACAUGCAAGGUGAAAAUGAUGCUCGCAUUUUGUGAUGAUUUUUGGAUUUUCUGCAUCAUACUCUGAAAUGAAGGCAGAGUAUUAAUAAGGUUUACAGUAUUGGUCCAAACACAAUAAACAUCGAUAUAGUAUCCAUAAAAUUAUACGAGCUCAAAUAUGCUAUUGGUGUCAUGCCAUUUUCCAUUACCUUCAAGACAAGUAGGACAACAUUCCUCCUCCUCCAGCACCAAAGGUUCAUUAGACUUCUUGAGUUCACCAGAUUUUUGAAGUUCAUCUUCCCCUUCUUUUGACGAGUCGAGAACGGUGUCAGACUGUACUUUAAUAUCACUUUUAUUUGAGAUAUUAGGUGUUGAUUCAUGACUGAUCCCGUUGUUACUUUCUUCAACAGACUGAUUGGCUGAUGCAGUAUGGGGCCGUCCUAAAUUUGCAUCAUAUGGUAUAGGUGCCGGUGGUGGCCUGUAAGUGUCUGGAAUUGAAGUUUCAAGGUUUGGAUCAACUAAGAACCCCGUAGAGAGCACAGUGGAUGUGCCAGUAUGGGAGGACAAAGGCUGAUGCUCCUCUGACACUCUUGGAUACUG